AUGGCCGAUAAGCCAAUCACUUUCACUGAGCACCUUCAGCUAACUGCUUUGGGUAUACAACCCACUUCUAUCUCUUUCCAAAACCUUACAUUUGAGAGUGAUCAUUUCAUCUGCGUUCGGGAAACGCAGAAUGAUACCAACCAAGUGGUCAUUGUCGAUCUUGCCGAUGCUAACAAUGUCAUUCGUCGACCAAUCACGGCUGACUCAGCUAUCAUGCAUCGGAAAGAAAAGAUUAUAGCUCUUAAAUCCGGACGACAAUUACAGGUCUUCAACUUGGCUACAAAAAGCAAAGUCGGCUCUCAUCUGAUGAAUGAAGAUGUAACGUUUUGGUCUUGGAUAUCUGAUACCACUUUAGGUUUGGUAACAGAUACUCAGGUGUAUCAUUGGAAAGUCAUUGAGGGACAGGCUGCGCCUACUAAGGUCUUCGACCGUCAUGCCACCCUGGCACAAAAUCAAAUCAUCUCCUACCGCGUCUCACAUGAUGGACAAUGGCUCGUACUCGUCGGCAUUUCAUCUAACCCCAACGCUGGCGCUCCAGGUCAAACUUCCUUCAAAAUCAAAGGGUCGAUGCAACUCUACUCAGUAGAAAGAGGAGUAUCACAACCUAUUGAAGGACAUGCGGCCGCCUUUGCACAGCUUAAACUAGAUGGCGGGGCGACCCCAAGCAAACUAUUCUGCUUUGCGGUCAGACAAGCCAAUGGCGCUAAGCUUCAUGUGGUCGAGAUCGGUCACCAACCUCCUAAUCCCCAAUUCCAAAAGAAAGCGGUGGACGUUUUCUUCCCUCCUGAAGCUGUCAAUGAUUUCCCAGUCUCUAUGGAAGUCUCAGCCAAGCAUGGGAUCAUCUACCUUGUCACUAAAUUCGGUUUCAUCCAUCUCUACGAGAUUGAAACGGGCCAGUGUAUUUACAUGAAUCGUAUCUCCGGCGAGACGAUCUUCACCACCGCCGAAUACGAAUUGCAGCAUGGCAUCAUCGGGGUGAACAGAAAGGGUCAGGUUUUGAGUGUCAGUGUAGACGAGGAGACUAUUGUUCCGUAUAUCCAACAAUCUCUCAAUAAUCCCGAACUGGCCAUCAAGCUUGCCACUCGCGCAGGUCUUCCAGGUGCCGAAGGAAUGAUCCAACAACAAUUCCAGGUGUACAUGCAAAGUGGCCAAUUUGGAGAAGCUGCCAAGAUCGCUGCCAACUCUCCUCAAGGAUUGCUGAGAACACCUCAGACCAUUGAAAUGUUCAAAAAGCUUCCAAACGUUCCUGGAACUCUCUCACCCAUCCUACAAUACUUCGGAAUUCUGUUGGAGAAAGGAGAGCUGAACAAGCACGAAUCACUGGAAUUGGCUCGACCGGUCAUACAGCAAGGCAAGAAACAAUUGCUGGAGAAGUGGCUCAAGGAGAACAAGCUUGAAUGCAGCGAAGAACUAGGUGAUCUUGUCCGAACGGCCGACAUGAACCUCGCUCUCUCGGUCUAUCUGCGUGCCAACAUUCCGAAUAAAGUGGUCGCAUGCUUCGCGGAGUUGGGUCAGUUUGAUAAGAUUGUCUUGUACUCCAAAAAGGUCGGCUACACCCCCGACUAUGCCCAGCUUCUACAACAUCUAGUCCGAAUCAACCCCGACAAAGGUGCCGAGUUUGCGACUCAAUUGGUCAACGAUGAGGCCGGGCCAAUGGUCGACUUGAACCGAGUGGUCGAUAUCUUCAUGUCGCAGAAUAUGAUCCAACAGGCAACAUCAUUCCUACUCGACGCACUGAAAGACAACAAGCCCGAGCAAGGUCCUUUGCAAACUCGACUGCUGGAGAUGAACCUUGUCAAUGCCCCUCAAGUCGCAGAUGCUAUCCUCGGAAACGAAAUGUUUACUCAUUACGACCGUCCAAGAAUCGCCAAUCUGUGUGAGAAGGCUGGCCUCAUGCAACGCGCGUUGGAGCAUUACGAGGACGACAACGAUAUCAAGAGAUGUAUCGUGCACACCAAUCUUUACAACUCGGAAUGGUUAGUCGCUUACUUCGGUCGUUUGACCGUCGAACAAUCAUUCGCGUGUUUGGAUGAAAUGCUUCGCACCAACAUGCGACAGAAUCUGUCCGUCGUUGUCCAGAUCGCCACCAAAUACUCUGAUCUUCUGGGCCCGGUCAAACUUAUUGAGCUGUUUGAGAAGUUCAAGAGCUCUGAUGGGCUGUACUACUAUCUCGGAUCAAUCGUCAACCUCAGUGAAGACCCCGAGGUGCACUUCAAGUACAUUCAAGCUGCGACGAGGACGAAUCAAGUCAGAGAAGUCGAACGUGUCUGCCGAGAGAGUAAUUUCUACAAUCCCGAAAAGGUCAAGAAUUUCCUCAAAGAAGCUCGACUCGCCGAUCAACUACCGCUCAUCAUUGUUUGCGACAGAUUCGACUUUGUACAUGAUCUCGUUCUAUAUCUCUACCAGAAUGGCUUGACAAACUUCAUCGAAAUCUAUGUUCAGCGGGUGAACUCGGCUCGUACUCCUCAGGUCAUCGGCGGACUUUUGGACGUAGAUUGUGAAGAAACGGUCAUCAAGAACUUGCUCAUGUCAGUCACCGGCGAAUUCCCCAUCGACGACCUCGUCGCGGAAGUCGAGAAACGCAACCGACUCAAACUGAUCCUCCCAUGGCUCAAUACAAAAGUCGAGCAGGGGUCCACUGAUCACGGAGUCUACAACGCCAUCGCCAAAAUAUCGAUUGAUUCCAACAACAACCCGGAAGCGUUCCUCAAAGAAAACAAUCUGUACGAUCCAGCUGUCGUUGGGAAGUAUUGCGAGAAGCGUGAUCCAUACCUUGCGUACAUUGCAUAUGCCAAGGGUUUAUGUGAUGAUGAGCUCAUUCACAUCACCAACGAGAACCAGAUGUACAAGCAUCAAGCCAGGUAUCUUGUCAAACGACGUGAGAUCGAUCUCUGGACUCAAGUUCUCGAUCCCGAAUCCAUCCAUCGCCGUGCCCUCGUCGAUCAAGUCAUUGCCACCGCUAUUCCAGAAUGUACCGAUCCCGACGACGUCUCCGUGACGGUGAAAGCGUUCUUGCAUAUGGAGCUCCACGGACCAUUGCUCGAAUUGUUGGAGAAGAUCAUCCUUGAACCUUCUCCCUUCAGCGACAAUAAAUCUCUUCAGAGUCUCAUGUUCCUUACUGCCAUCAAGAACGACAAAGGGAAGGUCAUGGGAUACAUCACCAAGCUAUCGGGUUACGAUGUGCAAGCCAUUGCCAAAGUGGCGACCGAAGCAGGACUGUACGAAGAGGCUUUCACCAUUUACUCGAAACAUGAAAUGCACGCUGAAGCCAUGAAUGUAUUGGUGGAACAUAUGGUAUCGAUCGACCGCGGAUUCGCGUAUGCCAACAAAAUCAACCAACCUGCCGUUUGGAGUCGAUUGGGGAAAGCACAAUUGGACGGUCUCCGAGUCAAAGACGCCAUUGACUCAUAUAUCAAGGCUGAAGACCCGAGCAAUUUCGCAGAAGUCAUAGAAAUCGCCAAUCGUGCUGGUAAACAUGAAGAUUUGGUCAGAUAUCUGCAGAUGGCCCGCAAGACUGCCAGGGAGCCAAAGAUCGAUACCGAGUUAGCAUACGCAUAUGCCAAAACGGAUAGAUUGCACGAUAUGGAAGAAUUCCUCGCCAUGACCAAUGUGGCGGAUGUCCUUCAAGUCGGGGAGAAAUGCUUUGAGGACGAGUUGUACCAAGCUGCUAAGCUGUUGUUCUCAAGCAUUUCCAAUUGGGCGAGAUUGGCGACGACUCUUAUUUAUCUGGGAGAGAAUCAAGCGGCCGUGGAUGCGGCUCGUAAAGCUGGCAACACUCAGGUGUGGAAGCAGGUCAAUGCUGCAUGUGUAGACAAGAAAGAGUUCCGUCUGGCGCAGAUCUGUGGUCUCAACCUGAUUGUGCACGCUGAAGAGCUUCCGGCUUUAUUGUCUCUAUACGAACGUAAUGGGUACUUUGACGAGAUCAUACAUCUCAUGGAAGGUGGCCUGGGUCUUGAGCGAGCUCACAUGGGCAUGUUCACCGAGCUCAGUGUACUGUACGCCAAGUAUAGACCUGAAAAGCUCAUGGAACACUUGAAGUUGUUCUGGCAGAGAGUGAACAUUCCCAAAGUCAUCAAAGCUGCCGAGCAAGCACAUUUGUGGCCCGAGCUCGUGUUCUUGUAUAUCGUUUAUGAUGAGCCCGACAAUGCCGCCUUGGCUAUGAUGGAGCGUCUUGGAGAAUGGGAUCAUGACCAAUUCAAAAAGGUUGUCGUCAAAGUUGCCAACAUGGAGAUUGCCUACAAGGCCGUCUCGUUCUAUCUCAGCCGACAGCCCACUUUACUCCCCGAUCUCCUCGCUGCUCUCACACCCCGACUCGAUCACGGUCGAGUGGUGAAAAUCCUUCAAGCCGAAGACCACCUACCUCUUGCUAAACCUUACCUCAUCGCUACCCAAAAACUCAACAUUACAGUCGUCAACGAAGCGUACAAUGACUUGUUGAUUGAAGAGGAGGAUCAUGUCACACUUCGUAGCAGUUUGGAGACGCAUGAUCAGUAUGACGCUAUCAAGCUGGCCAAGAGGCUCGAGACGCAUGAUCUGUUGGAGUUUAGAAGAAUAGCAGCGUUGUUGUAUCGACUCAAUCACAUGUACGAAGAAUCCUUGGGAUUGUCAAAAGCGGAUCGUCUAUGGCGUGACUGUUUGGAGACGGCUGCGUCAAGCAAAGACACGGCCGUGGCAGAAGAGCUGGCCGGAUACUUCGUGUCGAUCGGGAACAAAGAUGGUUUUGCAGCCGCACUCUUCGUUUGCUUCGAGCUCGUCCGACCUGACUUUGUGGAGGAAAUGUCAUGGCGAUUCGGUCUUUCAGAUUAUUCCAAACCAUACAUCCUUCAACUACAACGUGAUCAAGUGACCAAAAUCGCUGCGAUGGAGAAGGAGCUCAAAGAACUGCGGACACGAACCGUCGAGAAGAGCGAGGAACCGAGUACAUUGAUGGGCAGUGGUCUCGGUAAUAGAUUGAUGAUUGGAGCACCUACGGGCGCACCUUAUAUGAACGGCGGCCUGCCCAAUGGUGGCCUAAUGGCUCAGCCGACGGGUUUUUAUUGAUAUGACAUGGAGAGAACGAAGUGGGGAUAUGACGAAUUGGUAGAAAGCAUGACUUUGUGAAGAUAGGCGACAAUCUACGAAUGAACGAGAUACCCCCUCUGG